UCUCUUCAUGAUCAGUGUCAAAACUGUCAAAGUUUGUUUUGAUGUUAAUGUCACGUCAGCCAAAAAAUCUUUUGCAUUUAUUUCUUGAUAAUUAUUGAUUAAAGUUGUAUUCUUUCUUUAAUAAUAAAUAUUCAAUGGAAUUAAAAACCUUUGGAGAAGAUGAUUUUGAUCCCAAAAAAUGGAUAAACAGAGCAUGGAGUUCAAGCGGAAAUCAGGAGAAAGAGGUGUUUGUAGCAAACACAGUGUCAAGGUUACAACUGUAUAUGAAGCAACUUACUAACUCACUGGAUGAGACCACCACACAGAUAGUAAACUCAAUACCCCGCACCCUGCAAGAUGCGGCGGCGCUCCAGCUGGAGGGAGCUCUGCUGCAGCAGCAACUCCUGGCGCUCGAGGAGAAGGUGGAAGGCGUGGAGGAGCAGACAGGGCACUCUAUACUUAGCCUGCAGCGGAUUGAUCAGCUCAAGAGUCGGUUAGAGAAUGCUGCUUCAGCGCUCCGCGAGGCAGACAAGUGGGCGGCGCUCGCGACCGCUUUAGAAGAUGUGCUGGAAUCCGGUGUACCAAAUAAACCUGAAGAGUUGGAGGCCUUGGCAGGACAAGUGACAGCCCUCACUCACAGCCUUGAGGUGUUAACAGAGGCUUCCGAUUACGAAAGCAAGCGUUUACAAUUGGAGGCGCUUUAUAAUCGUCUCGAAGCGGCGCUGAGCGCGCCCUUCCUCACUGCACUCGAUCAGGGAGAUAAGGAGCGCACGGCAUGCUACGUGUCUCUAUUCCGCGGCAUGAAUCGCUCGACAUCCGCCGCGCGAUGCUGGCGACGUUCCGUCUGCGCGUCACUGGCGACGCAAUGGCGCCGGUCGGCCGGACAACCGUCUCCACGCGUCGCCGUGCUCGCGGGGAAGGGAGAGGCACACACGCAUGUGGAGUGGCUAACCAACGUGCUGAAAUCGGAGACUCCAUACGCAGAAUUGGUGCGAUUAUACACGGACCUGCUGCAAUCAUUGGAUCCUUCGCCUGCUAAGGUGGUGUCAGCGAGCCUCAAGCUGUGCUCGGAUCCCGAAGAAGGCAUCCUCCAGCUGAUCGAGCUGCGACGAGAUAUUGACGAGUUCCUCGCUUCCAUUAGAGCCGUCAUCGAUGAACCUGCAAAAAAUAAAGAAGUGGUACCAACAUCAACGCUUCAAGAGCUAGGCCUGGCCGCGUAUGCUCCGCUAAAAGAGCUGCUGCCUAAAUACACCGAUCUACAACGACAAGUGUUCUUAGCGUACCUCGAAGGUCCUCAGCUGAGACAGGACGACAUCUUAGAGCAAUCGCGUGCCAUCUUAACAGUAUCCGAGAGGUGUGAAGGCUGGCUCGACACGGCGUACGGAAAGGCUAAGAAGAUCGCAGGCGACGCCGCGUGCCCACACUAUGCUCCCGCUGUUGAGGCCUUCUUCACCGCCCUGUGCGCCCUAAUCUCCUCGCACGGCCGGCGCAUCGAGCAGGAGCUCCAGACCGGCGCGGGCGGAGUCCUGAGCGCGGCGUGCCCGGCCGCCGUCACACUAGAGAGAGCCGCCGCUCAAGCACUCGAGGCUGCUGGAAAACUACCAACAAACGAUCCAGAGCAACCGAGCCACCCACUGUCGGAGCUGCCGGCCCUGCCCCCGGGCGCGGCGGGCGGCGGCCGGCCCCCCGCGCGGCGCGCCGAGCCCCCGGCCGCGGCCGCGCUGCCCGCGCUGCGCCGCGCCGCGCAGCAGCUGCGCGCGCUCGCCCGCGCCAUCGUGCGCGGCCCCGUCGACGCGCAACUUGAUAAAAUCCCAUCGCUGAAUGUAUGGAGCAAUAAUGACGCUCUGUCCACAGACCUGCCAGAUUUCUCUCUGUCUCCACAGGAGUAUAUCACUGAGAUCGGUCAAUACCUGAUGACCCUGCCGCAGCAUCUCGAGAUGCAUCUGUCGGAGAAGCAGGCGCCGUGGCAGUUCCUUUCCGAGAUUUGCACGCACACAUGCGAGGUUUACGCGGAAAAGAUUCUGAACAUCAGAAACAUGGACGCACUGGGGACCAAGCGCUGCCUCACGGACAUAGGUAACUGUUUCGUAGUCAACAAGUUAAUAUACACCCAAUUAAACCCGACAGAUUUUAACCACGCAUUCCUGAGGUCAAAAAGAGAAAAAAAAUCUAUCAAAAGUUUUGGACAAUAUCGCCAAAAAAAAAAUAUUUUUUUUGCGUUUUCUGUACAGCUCAUUUAUUUUUACACCUUGGUGAAAACAAAUCAUUACAACGAAUAAGUAAACUUUUUUUUUAUUUACAGACAAAAAAAAUUACCGAGUUUACUUUUUAACUUUAAUGUCUGUGAGUAGGCGUGCCUAAACCAAGUCAUGCAGUAGCAGCGUCACACCUAAAAUAGUACAUUACGAUACAAGUGCGAAAAAUAGGAAAUUCGAAACGAGUGGCGAUAAAUUAAAACACGACCGGAGGGAGUGUUUUAAAUCGACACGAGUUGCGAAUUACCUAUUCGCACAUGUAUCGUACAACGUUUUACAGUACAUAUGGCCCUUUAAAUG